AUGUCUUGUGGAAGGAACGAAUGCUAUGCCAGCUGCCCUGCCUCCACCGUCACAAUUCAGCCGCCUCCCUUUGUCCUGACCAUCCCUGGACCAGCCCUCUACUGCCCUGACCAACCACUUUGCAUCGAGCAGUGCAACCCUUGUGCUGCCAUCCAAUCCAGUGAGGAAGUAGCUCGUGGUGGAUACAGCUCCGUCUCCACUGGUUACACCUCCUCAAGCCGCCAGUCUCAGAAGUCGCUGCCCAGAACCCAGAAGGAAAGCAGCUCUAGCCGACGUUUCUAG